CGGUCUGGCAGCCUUGCGCAACCAGUUGAAUGCAAAAGAAAUAGAAGAAGUGCGCAAAAUAGAUUGUAUUGUUUUUUUAUGUGUAUAUGUGACAUUGUUAAAGCAUUCCCAAGAAAAGCGGCAAAUAAAUGUGAAAUUGUAUGUUUAUUGUAAAGAGUGCAUACGUCCAAAGCCAGAAACAAUCACAGUUCGAAAAGCAGCCCAACACAUUCAUAUGCACAUACACACACGAACAUACGGAGCGACAUUGAAUGUGUAUGCACACAAUCGUGCAGAGAAACGGGAAACUCUGACUUGUGAGUGUGAGUGAAUAAUUGUGAGAGAAGGAGAGGAGCCGACCAAGCCUGCAAUAGGAUAAUUGAUAAAACAAAACGCGGGCCCGGGCCGACGACCAACUUUGCGUUAAGAGCAGCUCAAGGAUUCGGAUAAUCAGCAGGCGGAGGCGGCGGCAGAAACGAAGAACAAACCCCAAGCACUAGAGAGAAAGAGAAAAACAAAAGUUGUUGUUGCUAAAAAUAGCAACAAAUAGACGAACCCUGCGCCAUCGUUGACGCAGGCCACAGGCGCUUCUACGUAGUACCUUAAUUUCGAUUUGUUUUCCAAUUGGUGGUCGCGACAGUGUCUUUUACGGUUAGCCUGUGAGUUGUGACAAGGCGCAAACUUGAAAUCCGCUCACCUACCGCAGCGCGCUCUUCCCCAAUAACAACAGUCGAAAUCGAAAUUAUGCUUUUGAAAUUUACAAAAACCAGUGGAGCUGGCAAUGCUGGACCGGGCUCUGUGGCGGGUUCCAGUUCAUCCUCAAUGCAAACGACAACAUCGUAUGCCGCUCGCGGAACAGGCAUGAGGAUGACGAUGUCCACCAAUUCCACAAUGAGUGCCCGAAUACAUCGCAAGGGUUUUCGCAUACCCUCGAAAAGACAACCGGGAAAGGGCUUGCCGGGCAAACUUCACACCAUAACUAGGGCGGGUCCUGGCAAGCUAGUUCCCGGUAAGCGAAUACCACAGCGACCACAUCCGCCGCCUUGCGACAACUCAAACGACAGUGGUCUGGGCUUUGACCAGCACACGGAGCUGCGAUCCCCGUCCUCUGGGCCGGGAGUAGCCGAUCCCGGCAGCUCGAAUGGCAGCAGCAUGGGUGGCAUGAGUGCCGUGCAGCGGGCGAAUCUGCUGGUGAACAGCUCACUGACGAACACGGUGGUGGCUGCGGCAGCGGCAGCGGCAGCUGCAGUGGCAAGUAACUCGUUGCAGCAACACCAUCAACAGCAGCAGCAGCAGCACCAACAGCAGCAGCAGCAGCAGCAACAUCAACAACAGCAACAGCAACAUUCACCGCAGCAGCAUUUAAUUCGAGCAAUACCAGCAUCAAGAUCGCGGCAGACCAAGAAAAUGCUGAACGCCUUCCUGGACGACUUGGAACUGGACAGCUCGAACUCGGAGGAAUCGACUGCCUCCGCAUCGCAGUCUUGCUCGGCGACGCCCAGCCCAGAGGGCUACUCGGGCCUCAUCAAUCACAGCAGCAGCGGCAACAGCAGCAGUGGCAACAGCUCGGCUGAUCCAUUUGGUGGCGUCUUCCAGGCCACCGAGGCAGCUGUGGCAGCCGCCGUGUCGGCAUUUAAUGUACAGCAUCAGCUGCCCCCUGCCCAGCAGCAGCAGCAACAACAGCAGCAGCAGCAGCAGCAGCAGCAACAGCAAUUUCAUUAUCCUGGAUUGGGUGUGCAACAGCAGCCGCAGCCGCAGCAGCAGCAGCACCAGCGGAACUUGGCUCGAAGCAGUGGCAAGCACAUCAAGCGCAAGAAGCUCGAGUGCAACCAGCUGGAGCUGGACAAUGACGAUGCCUGCAGCGAGGACGAGUUCAUCCGCAAGAUAGCCAACGCGGCCAAUGCGGCUCCUGUGGUUCCUGUGGCUCCUGUGGCUCCUGUGGCUCCUGUGGCUCCUGUGGCUCCUGUGCCUCCAGUCGCUCCAGUGGCUCCUGCGGCAAGCCCACGCCCUAAGCCUGCCAUGACUAGCGUGCUGCUGCCACGCAAUGGCAAUGAAACAAAGUUCAUUUCGGCCCGGACUGUCACCAGGGUGGCCAACAAGCGUCAGCCCACAACGCCGCUGAACAGCGUCGCCAGCUCGAACGACGGUCAAGUGCAGCUGGAGAUUGUCUCGCAGCCGGAGCAGCAGCAUCGGGCCCGCUACCAGACCGAGGGCAGUCGCGGCGCGGUGAAGGAUCGCAGCGGCAACGGCUUCCCCAUAGUCCGGCUGACGGGCUACGACAAGGGCGCCGUGCUGCAGGUCUUCAUUGGCACGGACAUUGGUCGUGUGGCGCCACACAUGUUCUAUCAGGCGUGCAAGGUGGCCGGCAAGAACUCGACACAGUGCAACGAGAAGAAGGUCGACGGCACCAUGGUUAUCGAGAUCGAUUUCAAGCCAGAGACGGACAUGACCAUCACCUGCGAUUGCGUUGGCAUUUUAAAGGAACGCAAUGUUGAUGUGGAGCACCGCUUUCCCGAGCACCUGGCACAGAAGAACAAAAAGAAAUCGACUCGCUGCCGGAUGGUGUUUCGCACGCAGUUGACCCGCGAAGAUGGCACCACCGAGACCCUGCAGGUCUGCUCCAAUCCCAUAAUUUGCACUCAACCCCCAGGUGUGCCGGAAAUAUGCAAGAAGUCGCUCAAUUCGUGCCCCGUCGAUGGCGGCCUCGAGCUCUUCAUUAUUGGCAAGAACUUCCUCAAGGAUACCCAUGUGGUGUUUCAGGAGACCUACGACAGCGUCAAUGGCGACGAUCCCGCCACGGAAAUAGCUGUGCGACAGCAGCUGAUUGGCGGCACAGCCGCUCUGUGGGAACAGAGCGUGAUGCCGGACAAGGAAUAUUUGCAUCAGACGCAUCUCAUAUGUACAGUGCCACAAUAUCUGCACCAGAAUGUGAUCAAGCCGGUGAGCGUUCAGGUAUCGAUCGUUUCGAGCGGCAAGAAGAGCGAGCCGCACACCUUCACCUACACGCCGAAGGGGCAGUAUUCGACACUAGCGGCUGCCAGCACGUUAAGUAGCACAAUUCACGAUCAAGAUGUGAAUCACUUUAUGGACACUACAGCAGCGCCCUCGAGCAGCGGGUCGAGCUGGUCGGCCAGUGCGCAGGCGUCUGGAUCGGGCGCGGGAGCAGCCGCCAGCGGCGAGGGAGUGGUGGCGGAGACCAAGCACGAGAUAGACUCGGGCAUGAUGCCCCCACCGAUCAGCAACCAGAUACCGAUGGGCGUUGUGCGCCGCUCAUCGCUGCCCAGCGCCUCACCCAUGAUCACCGAUCAGCAGCUGGUCCACCUCAAUGCCGUGGCCGUGGCCAGCGCGGAGGCCUUGAAGAGCGAACUACUCGACGACAGCAGCGCGCACAGUCCGCUGACAGCGGAAGCCACACCGGAUGUCGCCAGUGGCAUGCAGCAGUACCACCAUCAGACGCACUUUGCCCGCAAAUCCAGCCUGGAUACGAUCAUGUUCGAUCACUCGAACAGCUUGCCCGGCUUCCCCGUCACCGCCGUUGACAUUGACUCUGCUGCCGUGGCGGAGGCUGUCGAGUUGGCUGUGAAGAAUGAAAUUGUUAAGCACGUGGUGCAGCAGCAUCAACAACAGCAGCAGCAACAGCAGCAGCAGCAGCAGCAACAGCAGCAGCCACAACAGCAACAGCAGCAGCAGCAGCAGGCCACAGCGGCGGCAGCAGCGAGCGUGCACAAGUUCAUCGAUGAGCUGACAAAGUCCACUUCGGUGGUCAGCAGCAAUGGCACCACAGAGCCAGCACUCUUCAGCAGCGUGGCUGUCAUCGAUCACGCCCUGACCGACAUGCUGCAGUCGAAGGUGCUGGGCCACCAAGCGGUCGCCGCACCCAACGUUGUGCUCGAGCGGAGUCUGUCGCUGGGGUCGACCAACUCGAGCGGCUCGCUGAGCGGCAGCGAGUCCUCGCCGAACAGCUCGCCGCUCACCCAAGACAUCAUCCUCAAUUCGGAGCCGGCGGCUGCUCUGGCCGGUGCCGCCGGCCUGGCGCCGUCUCCCGUUGAUGUUGGCGCUGGCCUUUCCACCGAUAUCAUCAUGAACCCCGCCGUCUCGCCAUCCACCAUACUUUGCUCGGCCAAUGGGGCAGCCACUGCAAUGGUGCCCAACAUCCUAGCGCCCCACCAGGUGACCAUGGCCAACUCGAUACUGAACGACAUAGCCAUGCAGCCGGAGCCGACGCAGCAGGACGCGGCCGUGGCUGCCCUGGCGCUGAGCAACAUCAUGAUGAGUCCACCGACAACAGCUGGCGGGGUGGUGGACACACUGCCACCGACACCGGCAGCCCUGCAGCCGGAGGUGGCUGCCACCGCCACCUCGACGGCGGUCAGCAACAUGAUCAUCAAGGCGGCCGCUGACUUCAUUACCACCCAGGAGCAGGAGCAGCACAACUAUCAUCAUCAGCACACCCGCACGCACACCCAUUCGCACACGCACUCGCACACACGCUCGCCGCAGUCGGGCGUGCCGGUGGCCAACAAUCCCGUGGAGGCUGGCGAGGAUCCGUUGGUCAAUCUGCUUUUGAGCCACUCGACGCCACCCGAGGCGGCAGCCGCUGCUGCUGCAGCCGUCGCCGCGGAGGCUGCCAGCUUUCAGUCACUCGCGGGGCACGGCCACAGCCACAGCCAUAGUCACAGCCACAGUCACAGCCAUAGCCACAGUCACAGUCACAGUCAUGGACACGGCCAUGGCCAUGGUGGCCACACGCACGGCCACGCCCACUUGCCAGUUGUAGCGGCCUCACCACAAGAAUCUCUGAUCGUUGCACUGGCCAGCGAGAAUGCGCUGCAAAAGUCCGUGGCCACCGCCGCCGUCACCACCAACGGGGCCGUGAUGACCCAACAGGCCUCGGCGCCCACCACCGCCGGAAGCAUUUUGCCAGCGGCUGUCGGUGCCGUGGCCGCCGCUGCGGCCGUGGCUGUGCAGCCCCCGAUACCCCAGGAGCUGACCACGAUGUCUGAUCAGGAUCUGAUCAGCUACAUAAACCCAAGCACCUUCGAUCAGCUUUAAACGGCUUGAGAUCAACAAAUUAAAUUACUUGGACGUUUUUUUUUAUGAUUAAAAAAAGAAUAUAUUAAUCAUAUACGGACCUAAUGUUAAGUACGUGUAAAACCCAUGGAUAUGGAUACUAGGUUUCAGUGUGGACCAACUUUGCCUGAGCGACAGCGCAGCAAACUGCCUGCCCGCUGUCUCCCUCAUCAACAAAUUCGAAACAGACACCCAAACACAAAUAUGUAUGGCUUUAUUUAAUCUGUAGCUGUACACAAAUAUACAUAUAUAGCAUUAAUACAC